CUCCAUCCGUGUAGACUGAAAAUGUUGAAUCCAAUUCCGACUAAUCGCAAGAGGGUGGAAAGUCCGGAACCGGAGACCACAAAGGACUACGUUCUUUUGAUCAUCAAACUUACAGUCCUGGUGGCACUCUGGAUAGCUUUCACAGUCGUGCUGGUGACCCACGGUUCCCAUGAGGUCACCGACACGUUGGUGACCGUGCUGCCCAACCAGACGGUCUUCAGGAGUGUCAAACCGAAGAUCGAGUCCGUUAAGAUCAUCCUGCGCGGAGCCAUAAAUGAUUAUCUCACGAAUCAACUCGUUAAGGGGUCCGGCUUUCCAUCAGUGGCAGUGCGCCUGGAGUUGCGCCAUCCCGAGACGAACAUCACCUACCUACGCAGCUCCAAGUGGAACGUGUAUCUCUUGCACGACAAGCGAAGCUACCAGGAAGUCAAGAGGGUGUUCCACUUUUCGCUAUCGGGAUGGUACCAGGGAAAGGCGCGGGCUAAGCACGCUGGGCAGAAGGGGAAGGAGGGAGCAAUCAGCCCCGAUGAGUGGGCCUUUGCCCAGACGUUCGUCUCCGUGGAGAGCAUGAGCAGAGAGCCAGUGGGCCUGCACAUGACGGUGGACACCAUGCCGAUGGUCACGCAGCUGGGCGUGAUGUACGCGGCCAUCCUGAUCGUCAGCCUCUACGUGGUGAUCAUUUGGGAGCUGGCGGACCGAACGCUGUGCACCCUCCUCAUAACCAGUGCGGGACUGGCCAUCCUCACGGUCCUGGGGCACAGACCCUCCAUCGAGACGAUAAUCUCCUGGGUGAACUUCGACGCAAUGAUGCUCCUGCUGGGACACAUGAUCAUCAUGAACCUGGUGUCGGAGACGGGCUUCUUCGAGUACAUGGCCGUGGUGGCCUAUCGUAUUUCCCGGGGCCACGCCUGGCUGAUGAUCGCCUUCUUGGGAUUGCUGGUCGCCGGGAGCUCGGUAAUAAUGGACAACACCGCCAUGGCGUUGCUCUUCAGUCCGGCGGUCAUUCGGCUGUGCGAGGUCAUGGCCGUCAACACCGUCCUGGUUCUGAUCAUCCUGUUGCUGUUUACCAACAUCGGGGGAUCCUUGACCCCGGUGGCAGGACCCCCUUCUGCCAUUAUAGCCAGCAACCCGGUGGUGGCCCAGGCCGGCUUCACCUUCAUCAACAUGACCAUGCGCAUGCUGCCGGUGGCGGUGAUUUGCCUGCUGCUCGUCUUCGGCCUUCUCUACAUGACCAUGGGCAGGAGAAUCUUCGUGCUGGACGCGAACCAGCUGGGGUUGAUGAGAAAACGGCAAAACGGGAAGAGAACCCCGACCGAAGUCCAGCAGAGGAUUGACGAGCUGAGGGCGAGGCAGUCGACAAGGUGCUGGGUCCACCCGGUGGACAACUACUACGAGACGCUGGCCAACUUGGAGACGAACCAUUGGAUCCGGAAUAAGUGGCUGCUGGGGCACUCGUUCCUGGCUUUCGGCUUCGCCUCCAGCUGCUUCUUGAUGCAUUCGGUCCCGUGGAUUAUUCCGGGUGCCACCCUGGGCUGGAUCUCCAUCCUGGCCGCCUUCCUGCUGCUCAUCCUGGCCGACAGGCGGGAUCUACGUCCCAUUCUGGCCCGCGUCAAAUGGUCCAUCCUGCUCUAUCUGGCCUCCAUGUUCGUUCUCACCGAGGUGGUCGCCGAACUGGGCUUGAUCGAGUGGCUGGGCCAGCAUGCGGUGUCCGCGGUCAGGACCGUGGCCGAGCAGCACCGGACAAUGAUAGGCAUUCUCAUUAUCCUCUGGCUGUCGAGCCUGCUCUCCGCCUUCAUCGAGAACGCGGCGGUGGCCACCAUCAUGGUGAAGCUCUGCAUCGAGAUGGCUUAUCGUGACCGGGUUGUGCUCCCGCUGCUGCCACUCAUUUGGGCCGCGACCCUCGGCACCAGCUACGGCGCCAACGGGGGCCUGCUGGGCUCCUUGUGCAACGAGAUCGUCGCGGAGAUCGCCAAGGAAUACGGCUACAAGAUUAGCUUCCGGAAAUUCUUCGUGAUCGGAUUUCCCAUCAUGAUCGCCACCCUCCUCAUCUGCUCCGUUUUUCUGAUGAUUACGCAUUCUGUGCUCCUUUGGGAAUAACUUUUCGAUUAUCAUGUUACAUUUUAAGUUUGUUUCUAAUCAUUUAUUCCAUGUGCCAUGUUAUAAAUUAUACGA